CUUCCUGAAGCCGCGAACUUUCAGUUCUCUUCACUCCCACGGAAAAUGAAGAGUGGCAAACAAUUAUCCCAGUAGGUAAGAGCUGAUUGGAAGCCAUGACUAGGACUUUAUUUUCUCCGAAUUCAAGUAUAAUCAGCGCUUCUAGUUGUGGAACACAAUGUUUAUCAUCCCAACACACAACGUUGUUGGGUGUUCCUCGACAAAAGAUAUUUUUGGGAACUAGAAUUCAGAACCGUCGUGUGUUUGGGGAGAAGGAAUCGUCGAAUAGAAUUGUGGUGGUGAGUGUGACCCGAGGCUCUGCAGAUUCAAGCAAGUCAGAAGAAACAAUCCCUUCGUGGGCUAAACCAGAUUCAGAUGAACCUCCACCUUGGGCUCGGGACGAAGCCAACAAUAAUGCUUCCCAGCAAGCGUUUGUCAUCCCCUUCUAUGUUUAUUUACUCGCGUCUGCUAUUACCGCCAUUGCCGCCAUUGGUUCCAUAUUCGAGUACGUGAACCAAAGGCCAGUUUUCGGAGUUCUGAGCUCCGACAGUAUAUUUUAUGCUCCCUUGCUUGGAUUCUUUGCAUUUACUGGCAUUCCCUUCUCGGGAUUUUUGUGGUUCAAGUCCGUUCAAGCUGCUAACAAGGAAGCUGAGGAACAAGACAGGAGGGAUGGGUACUCAUAGAGAUGGGGUCUCAGGAUCCGCUCAUUCGAUCGCUUUGCUGCCCACCUGAUCGACACCUUCUCUUCAGUUCUUCACUUUCUUAUGUUUUGUGAAAUCGUGUCAAUAUAGUACAAAGUGGAAGAGUAUUGAUUAACUUGAUAUGAGAAAUCAUCAAGUCAUAACAUAAAACGCCAGAGAUCAAAUUGCUUCUAAUGUGAUAAGAUGCCGUACUUCUGAAACAAAACACACAUCAUCGACGGCAUUUAGAGACCCAUAUUCGGCUAUCUCAAAUAACCCGCUACGGGCUUUUCUCACGAACCUUUGUUGUGAGUUGUGACCCAUCUUGCCUUGGUGCCCUGCUUUUUUAAACUCUUGCUGAUAGCAUUUAUCAAGUAGAUGCCUUCUCUGCACUUUAUCAAUCAUACUAACAAAUGAAUUUCGUACCGGA